CUCCCUCGGCCCAACAUCAUGCUACGACAAGGAUCGCAACGGCCCGCGCUGGGCACGAUCAUUGGUAGCAGGCAGCGGACGAAUGGAAGCAGACUGCCACUGAUCGGAGAACAUAAUAGGAGUGGGAGUCGCACUGCUAGUAUUGGUUUGGACAAAGGCCCAAAACCGACAUUCCUGGCAAAGAGGAGAACUACAAAAUCGAUAAUAGGACGAGGAUCAUUUUCGUCAUCAUCUCGGAGUACACAUCGAGGAGUCCGCUGCCAAGUCGUACCACCAGCAUCGUCAGUUGCAGCAGUCCUGCCAAAUAAGAGGACAUUGACAGGCAGAGCAAAGGAUGGAAAUCUUCACUUUCGACGAAGCCAACACUUAACAGGAGAAGGAUCGUCUUCAUCAUCUUCAUGUGGAAGUACAUAUAGAGGACUUCGCUGCCUAGUCGCACCACCCGCAGCGUUAGUUGCAGCGACAGGAAACUGCAGAGCAGGAGAGAGAUUGACCUCGACGCCGAGCACGAGGACAUCGAACACAUCAUUGAAGUACAGAUCAAUUAUAGGACAGCAACUUCCGCGUCUCAACAGUUUUUUAGAGAUACCACCGCUAUAUCAAAUACGUAUUUUUUCGACGUCGCCUGGCUCGACCUCAGGACAAGAUAAGAAGCCGCCACCCAAGCCACCAACGUUCCCAAGCCCACCUGCUUCUUCAACCGGUAGCUCAGCGUCAUCUAGCAGUGGCGCUGCAGGAACUCCUAUGUUGUGAUCUUGAAACUAUCGCGCCAAAACUUUUACGCAUGGAGGUUCAAGAUUCAUCUUUUGGUAAGGUGUUUAUGAGCAUCUUUACUUCUGCCCUCUAAUUCGUCCGGAUUUACCGGAGCUACUUCCAAUACCGCUGGGCAGUGGCCUCCUGUCUACUUAUGAUCAUGUUAAUUUCAGAGAUAGUACUUCAGUACUUCUAUUAAUUUCAGAUCGAGUCUCACUUCCGUCUCGUCUAACAUCCACUCCCGAAAAUUUUCCACGACGUGAGACGACUAUCUUCUCAAAGGCUGGUGUAGGACGUUCAAGCCGCUUUCCAACGCAGGAAGAAGCGAUGGCUAUGCCCCGAGACUGGCACGAGCUAGACAAUGAAAUGCUGUGGGUGCAUUGUGGACCCAAUGUACGUGAGUGAUUGCUUCUUUUGGAAGCAGAGCUUACUAACUACUUGUCGACUUCUGAGUCAUCCCCCAUUGCAACAAGUACUUUAUUCUACUUAGUAAGUUACUACCAAAAUCAAACGUCCGUGUCUGGUAUCAAACUCUCCUCCAACAAAAUUCCUCAGGGUUCGCAUGACGCAAAUGAAGAGCGACUGAUUCGGGAGAUAAUGGCCGUGAAUGAGGUGGAAUAUAGAGCUGCCGUGCCUAUAUUACUCGAGAUUCAGCAGCAUGUUAUUGGAGGCCAAUCACCAGUCUAUAGGCAGAUGGGGUUACUGCCGUAUAAGGGAGGCUUGUUUACCGCAGCAGUGUUUGGUGCAGCAACGAUACCACUCAUUAUGGUGUCGAGUCAUAGCUUGUGUGGAUUUGAAUUUAGUCACGGAUGCUGACGAGAUCAAAGCUCGUUGUCGAAGUCGAAGGAAUUGCUCUUGGCACCAGUUCUUCUUGGGUAUAUUUGACAGCCACACGACAUGAGCAUGACAAACUACCUUAUGAGCAGACCACUGCCAUCAACUGACCUUAGAAGCUCUAAUCUCCUUUUCCACAAGGGCACAGUACUAUGGUUUAACGAUGUUUGGGUUACAGCAGAAGUCCCGGAGUCCAAAGAUUUGGAGACAUGGCUGGAAGUCGGCUCAUUUUCGUGGCAAUGGAUGGAACCCCUGAUUGGUAGCAAUAUUAAACAAUGCAAUAUUAUUAAACAUUGGCGAGUACAACAAGUCAUCCUUCCUCUACAUCCUCCUGCUGCCUUUUUGCUACGACAAACCAUCCCAGCUACAUCAAACCAUCCUUCCAAGUACAACAAAAAACAUCACCCUUCCAAGUUUCCAUUAACAAAUCACCCUUCCAAGUACAACCCAGGUGAGUGUUCGUUUUUGAUUCUGGUUGCGCAGUUCAUGCGGAAUCAAUUGAUUAAUUUGGGCUUGAGACCCUACACCGGUCUGCUGAUCCAGUAUCGCUGCAAGCGAGCAACGGAGAAGUUUCCGGAGUACUCUGUUAUGGCGAAUCCGAUGAUUCACUUAUAAGUACAACCGGUUAGUUUUCCCUCUACUCGUAGACUUAUCCCUUCAAGCAGAAUAAGUACAAGACUUUUCAAUUUCGUCAGACUUCUUAGUUACCAAGAAAAUUAUGCUGAGAAGACCACAAGGCUUUUUCGCAGACUUCCUGCCUAGGGGAAUUAUGCUAAGAUGAAGAUAACGUUGACGUUGACCGUACGAGGUAGCUGACCGUCCUGAGCUCUAAUGCAGAAACAAUUCUACGAGACUUCGCGACAACAGUGUCCUGGGAAAGCCGACGUAGGCCCUACGAAUACGGUGGGAAGCUCGCAAGAAGGAAAAAGCUUCGAGGAUUCAUUCCACCGAGUUGAUCACUAGUAGAAUUCGAGAGUCCUCACUACAGUUUCACUCCAUAGAAAUACUGAUCUUAGAAAGUCCUAGGCUCGUCUGAUUUCACCGUCUAGAUAGGGCUCUACUGGAACUAGUAAAGCAGUAUGGGCGACGAGGCACAGUCGAACUGAGAGGCUUUUCUGUCUGAUGAAGAUUUUCGAGUAGUCAAGAGAUGCUGGCAGAAACAGAGUAUACAACCAAGAGCAGUUCACUUUGAAAGGUUGAGCGUUUAAUAUCUACACGUCGAUUGAGCUUAAACACACACACUCACUUUUUUUGGGACUAAGACAGAAUCCAUUGUAUUUAGAUUUGCGACUAUUUCUCGUAGGAUAGGUAGUAUUUAGUUUCGAAGUUGUUAAGUACAUCAAAUGUGGAAAGAAUGGUUACUAUUGGAAUGAUUUCUGUCGAAAUACAUGCGAGUGUUUCAGUUUCUCAGCUAGCCGGGUUACCUUUAUCAAUUAUGGCGACAUCCAUGUCGUUGUUUCGGUUUCUGUUUUUUUUGCUAGUUGAUAUUUCCUCAAUAGUAUAUUCCAAGAUUGAUUAUUAGAUAGAGUUUCGCCAAGUGAUAAUGAAGCUCGUUAUUUCCGAGUAAUAUCAAUAUCUGUAGCAUUGGGGGGUGCUUUUGUGUUUCUGGUUCGAUUCUAAUAAACAAGUGUUGGUGGGCUCGUGGACAGUAGGGCAAAAGCAAUGUAGGAAUUCGUUUUGAUGCGUUCUGUGAAAACUUACUGGUAUUUGUGGAUGAAACCACUUCUAUGGACAAAAGAACUACGCUAUCAGCCUGGCUGCAUUCCUCCGCGAUGCGUCUACAAGGUAUGGACUCACGUCCCAGAAGCGUAGGAUGAAGCUAAGAUGAUGCGAUUUUUUUUUGGUGAGUGACGCACGUGGAAGCAAUCUACUCGAC